GAAAUUGUGCCCCGCCGAAUCCUCCACCCAGACCGUGUUGUUCUUACAGUUCCCGCUUCUCCUUACAUUUAUCAAGUUUUCUCCUCGCUCCUUCCUUCUGCCGGCUUGCUGAGGAAGGGAGAAGGGAGAGAGGUGGCCAGAGAAGGCUUGAGAGGUGGGAGGGAGGAGAAAAACAGCGAGAUAAAGCCUGUACUGCUGUGGCUGGGAGGGGAGCAGCACAGCACAGGAACAGCAAGAAGAAGAAGAGGAAGAAGAAGAGGAAGGUGUGAGAGAGGCUUCGUGUAUGAAAUGAUAAGAAUGAAUGAAGAAGAAGAAGGGAAUGAAGACAAACAUGAGAUAAUUAGAGAAGAGGAGAGAAAUUUGAUAGCUGGAAAUAGAGAAACAGGCGUAAGUGAUAAAGGAGAGGAGGAGGAGGAACAGGAGAAGAAUGGAAUAAUUAGUGAUGAAAAUAAUUACGAAGAGGGAGAAAGAGAAAUGACUGAUGGAAAAGAAGAAGAAGAGGAGGAAGAGGAGGAGGAGGAGGAGGAGGAGGAGGAGGAGGAGGAGGACAAACGCAUGAUAAGUUAUAUGACUGAUGAUAAAGAAGAAAAGGAGAUAGAGAGACACAUGAUAACCGAAAUGAAUGAGAAGGAAGAAGAAGAAAGAGAAGAAAAGGAAAGCAACGAACAACAACAACAACAACAACAACAACAACAACAACAACACCAACAAACAGACGCACAAGUAAACACAGGUGGCGAAAACGAACAGAAAACGAAGAAAACGGGAACCACUCAAAACACACAAAAGAACACAAACAACAAACAAACAGCACCUCACGAGAAACAAGAACAAACAAACAAAAAACAAGGAAAACAGCGCGAAACACAAACACAAACAGACAAACAAGGAAACACAAGACCACUACGCUGUCAGCACUGCCCCAAGCACUUUAGGUAUGCAAGUCAGCUGAGGAGGCACCACAAAACACAUGAAGGCCUUGGAAGCCACGAGUGUUCAGACUGUGGCAAGAAAUUUAAUAAAGAUUCUUGGUUAGCCAGACACGCAGACACACACACGGCCAAGAGGAAUUUUGUCUGUACUGAAUGCGGAAGAAGGUUUGUUAAAGAGAAUCAUUUAACCCAGCAUCUAUUCACACACAUGUACAUUAAGCAGAAUACGUGUGAGGUGUGUGGCAAGACGUACACACGCAGAAGUUCACUUAACCAACAUUUAAUGACACACGCAGGGGUGAAGAGACACGAAUGCUUUGAGUGCGGGAAGACUUACACACGCAGGAGUGCACUGGUACACCACACGCACACACACACGGACACACGCAACCACAAAUGCCUGGAAUGUGGCAAAACUUUCGUGCAAAAGUCCCACUUGAAAACGCACGCUGUAACGCACUCAAACGAGGCUAGACACGCUUGUAAACAAUGCAAUAAGGUAUUUUCUCGACUUUCCAACUUAAAAAGACACGAGUUCACACACGGGUCGAGGAAUUACGAGUGUUUAGAGUGUGGUAAGUGGUUCUUUACUGUCUAUGAGUUAAAUCACCACACCAAACGCCAUUUUAGCUCAAGGGAGUUCACGUGUGAUCUGUGUGGCAAGACUUUUAAGGCUAAGAAGGAUGUCUCCAAGCAUAUCAAGACUCAUUUGUAAGUUGGUGUUUAUGCAUUGAUGGUAGUAGUAGUAGUAGUAGUAGUAGUAGUAGUAGUAGAGAGUUUCCUUAAUGUGUAAUUUAUAAGGUUUUUCUGUGUAUUUCUUAACGAUUUCAUGAUAUUAUAUUGUUUUAUUUAUUUUCUUAAUGAUAGACAUUUUUUUUUAUUUAAGAGAGUGUGUGAAAAUAGAUGAUUUUAUUUAUUUGCUUUACUGAUUAAGAGAAAAUGAAAAAAAAAAAAAUUAUUACGUAUUUAUAUAUAUCUUUAAGGAUUUUUGUACAUAAUUUUAGCAUUCCUUCAUAUAUAUUUCAAUUUCUCUGAGUCUUUCAUUCCUACAGCACAAAAUUGACGUUUCCUGUAUCCCCACAAAUAUAAACAGUACGAAAAAUGUUUUAUAUAUAUAUAUAUUUCUCGUUGCAGCGUCCGUUAUUCCCCAAUCUGGUUAUAAAAUCGCAUCAUUAUUUACCGGAAUUUAUAUAGUUUUCUUUGUUUCUCCUUUUAGUUAAUGAUAAAUAAAUACUAGUAGUUGAGAAAAAAAUAUAUAUUAGGCACGUCGAGUUUCAAAUCUCCCGCGAAUUUUAUAUUUUUUUGUAAAGUUCAGUUUAUUACUCAUAUGACACGAUAAACUGAAGAAAAAGAUAACAAUAAAUAAAUAAACAACAGACAGAACACAUAAAGCAACAUAAACUAGAAAAAUAAACCAAAACGAAACUUUAAAAAGACCAUCACAGCGUCACGAGGCAAAAGAAGAAGAGGAAGAGGAAGGAAGAUGGCAGUGGUUCAAGUCUCCAGCCAAAACAAAAAAGAAGAAGAAGAAGAAGAAGAAGAAGAAGAAGAAGAAGAAGAAGAAGAAGAGGAAGAGGAAGAGGAAGAGGACAAGAGAGAGGAGGAAGAAAAUAUGAAGAGGAAAUGAUAAGGAAUUGAGAAGAUUAAAUAAAGAA